UUCGUCAUUUCCCAUUGCCUUUAUUCCUACCGAGUUUUAUUCACGCGCAUCACACACUCUUACACACGCCCCCAGGUCGUGCCGAACCACGUCUGCCCGGUGCUAUUCCGCAACCUGUCGAGGUUUAACCUUCACCCUCCCCCGAUAAACCCCGAAAAGGCCGGCACCCUGCCAUCCUCGGCUUCACGUCAUCCAGACCGUGCAGAAGCAUAGCCAUUGGUGUUUGUCCUCGCGGCAUUGGAUUCCUCUCCUACCAUACUAGCACGCUUGCCAUGGCUCCGGAGCUUAGUUCCUUCGAGGCGCGGAGGCGAGCCAAUGUCGCGAACAAUGCCAAAUUGCUGAAGGACUCGGCCGAGGUCGCGGCCAAGAUGCGCAGGGCCGCGGCCCCGCCCCCGAGAACAGCCCACCCGAAGAAGAGAAAAGCGGCAGAGCCGACCCCUCGUACUCGCGUAAUGCCCACUCGUCAAAGCGCGAGACUGGCGGGGGCUGGUGCCGAGGCGAACGGUGUCGGGCUGAAGCUCGAGGACAUCCCCGCCGAAUUGAAGCCGCCCGAGUCGAAGCGCUCUCGCACAAACGCCGAUCUGAAACUCUCGAAUCUCCAGGUCGAAGGACAGAGAUGGUCAAAUACGAGCGCCCUGGCUUCGUUCGUGCAAGGCGCUCAGCCCGGCGUGAGGACAUUCACCGAGGAGGACGUCGAGGACACGUCGGACGGAGUGCUCAAGGACCUGAGGAAGGAAAUGGGCGAUCUCAAGUUGUACGAGGGUUGGCUGCCGAAUGACAUCAAGAUCACCCCUGAACGCGUAUAUGCUCUCUCGUUCCACCCCGCAAAGGAUAAACCGCUCGUCGUAGCUGGCGACAAGAAGGGCACCUUGGGAUUCUUCGACGCCUCGCAAAAGGCGCCCGACUAUCCGGAGGACGAUGAAGGAGACUUCGAGAUCCCGCUACCCGAAGUGAGCGCCUUCGAGGUGCACAGCCGGACUAUCACUUCUAUCAAGAUACCCUUGUUUGACCCUAAUUCGGUCAUCACCGGUUCCUACGACUCGUCGAUCCGCUGCUUGGACCUACAGACUCAAGUUAGCAGCCAGCUGUGGCAGCCCGACGAUGACGAGAUGGAUGUAGGCAUCUCGUGCAUCGACAUCUCGCCCGAGGCCAAAGAUACGAUCAUGUUCUCCACCCUAGAAGGAACUCUGGGCCGAUUUGAUAGGCGGGCCAAGGGCAAGGCAGACAUGUGGAGCCUCUGUGACAAUAAAAUUGGCGGGUUCUCGGUCCAUCCCCUCAUCCCUCACCUGCUCGCCACCGCGUCUCUCGAUCGGAGCUUGAAGGUAUGGGAUCUGAGGAUGAUCAAGGGCAAGGGAGAACUCCAGCACCCUUCACUUCUGGGAGAGCACCACUCCCGCCUCUCGGUAUCGCACGCGUCCUGGAGCCGCGGUGGGUAUUUGGCGACGACCUCGUACGACGAUACCGUCAAGAUCUACGACAUGUCCGAGGCGGCCAAGUGGAAGACUGGCCAGGACCUCUCCGAGGCGCAGAUGGCGCCGGCCCACACAAUACCGCACAACAAUCAGACCGGCCGGUGGGUAACCAUCCUCAAGCCGCAGUGGCAGAUCAACCCAAUCGACGGCGUGGAGAAGUUCGCCAUCGGCAACAUGAACCGGUUCGUCGACAUCUACGACAGCCGGGGCAAGCAACUCGGCCAGCUAGAUGGUGAGGGGAUCACCGCCGUGCCGGCCGUUGCGGAGUUCCACCCCGAGUUGAACUGGCUAGCCGGCGGAACCGGAAGCGGAAAACUAUGCCUCUGGAUGUGAUAUCGGUUUGGAUGUACGAUAGCUUGUGGUUUGGAAGAUGCGAGACCGGCCGGCUGAGCAUUACUUGGGAAAAAUAGAGUCGAAGGGGAAACAAAAUCGCAACCGAGCGUGUUGCGACUGGAUAUGCCUGAUCCUCGGGGCGAGGACCGGCUAGUCGAAGGGUGUUUUGAUAUGAUGUUUUGCUCGAGCAUUACUCGUCUCGGUUGUCUACACGACAGGUUACCCAAGAUAAUACGUAGGGGAGAAAAUAGAAGAAAAUUUCCUGUUACGAAACCUACUCUGGCAAAGAGGCCCCAAAUCCAGG